CUUCUUCUUCUUCUUCUUCUAAGGAUGGCCAUGUCCGGUAGUAUGUCCAGCAGCGCGUUGAUGUUCGUGUUCGGCAUCUUGUUGUUGGGCAGCAAAGUGGCCGAUUCUCAAUCGGCCGAGGCGAUCGAAUGCGACAGCCAAGACACGACCUUUGAACUGAGAACGGGUUACGUUUUCACAUCACCGCAGGAGAUCCUGGACACGCGGCCCGACACGCUCCAACUGUCAGAAUGUAUCGAAACUUGCCGUCUCAAUAGCAGCUGCGCAGCUCUUAAUUUCGAGACGGGCCUCUGUGUCCUUUUCCGCACCAACGCCUUCGACACUCCCGAGGCGCUGACAAAGUCGCAGUUUCCUGUUUACACGAUUUACGCUCAAAGGAUCUGUUUGGCCAAUGCCAGCCAACUGUGCGCCCAGAGGUCCUGGUCUUACGAGAUGGUUCCGUCCUUCGAAAUGUCGACCUUCGUCCGCGAAAAGAGACGGGCGGCAACCCGUCGCGCCUGCAUGGAACUCUGCCUCAACGAGCAAACAUUCCAAUGCCGGUCGGCCAGUUUCAGCGCCACGACCGGCGAGUGCGCUCUCAGCGACAUGGAUCGUUUCUCGGUGACGGCCCGGUCGGCUUACUCCUCCUCACCGGACGUGGAUUAUUUCGAGACCAACUGCGUCGAUGACCCGGUGAAAAUGUGCGACUUUCAGCGGACCGAGGGACGCAUCCUGAAAACGGUGGACGCCGUGUUCCAGGAUGUCGAGACGGAGGAAGCGUGUAAAAAUCUGUGCCUAAACGCCAACUUCCGCUGCCACUCGUUCGAUUACGGCGACACUGGCGAUAAAGUCUGCCGACUCAGCCACCACUCGGCCAGCUCCCUCAGUCAAAUUCAGGAUCCCUACUUGGAGAUUCCAGAGGCGACGACGCACGAGUUGACGUCUUGUUACAACGUAACGAUCGAUUGUCGCUCGUCAGACAUGGUCGUCCGCGUCAAGACCAACCGCAUUUUCACCGGCAAAUUGUACGCCAAGGAGAGGCCCAACUCUUGCGUCACGGACGUGGCUAAAGGCCUGGAAUUCGAGUUGACACUCGGCUACCAAGAUCUCGGCUGCGAUGUCAGACAAGAAGGACUUGGCAAAUUUUUCACCGAAGUCGUCAUCCAGCACCACGAUCAAAUUGUGACGAGUCAAGAUGUCGGUUUGGCUCUUCGCUGCUCUUAUCAACUGCAAAAUUACACUUUGACCAGUGGACUCGAUUUGUCGGUGGCCAGUCGGGUGCCGACCAUCGCCGAAGAGUCGACUGUCGUUCCAGGACCGACGGUUGUCAUGAAAAUCGCCGCGCGUCAGGGUGGCGACAUCCAAACGGCUCAAGUCGGCGAUCCGCUCAGCCUCUUCUUCGAAAUUCAGGAACCAAACAGCCCGUAUUCGAUUUUUGUGCGCGAAUUGAUCGCAACCGAUGGAGUGGACAAUAGCGAGAUCUUGUUGAUUGAUUCCAAUGGAUGCCCAACUGACCAGGAGAUCAUGGGACCCAUCAACGUUCUGAACGGAACCUCCAAAGUCCUUCGCGCUCCGUUUGACGCUUUCAAAUUCCCCAAUUCGGACGUUGUCCAGUUCAAAGCCCUGGUGACGCCGUGUCUGCCCACUUGCGAGCCGGUCCAGUGCGACGUCCAAGACUACCUCGGCUACCAUCGUAAAAUCGAGUCGCUGGGCAAGAGGAGGAGGCGUCGUCGCGAUUCCGCUAGCCACGACCCACACAAUUUGCUUGUCGUCCAGUCCAUCCGCAUUGCCGACAAGUUCCAGGCCGUUGCUGACGCCUCGCCGGCCAAGACCAAAACGGCCUCGACCGAAUCCGAAGUGGUUGUCCUCCACAACACGGACAACGUCUCGCAACAUCACUCCAAUGUUCCACCGUGUCUUAACUUGCUUGGACUCCUGAUGGCCGGCGCCUUGUUCCUGGUCGCUCAGGCCGUCCUGAUCGGUGCCUGGGCGUUCAUCUGGCAAAAGAGGCGUCAAACGAAGAUGGCCGAGACGACGAUUGAAAGCGACAGACGAUUUUUCUCAACUUACGCCAAUAAUGCUUACGCCACUAGUUAAACAUUGCAAACUGAUCCAGCUCAGCCCUUUAACUUAUUCAACUUAAAUUGAAUACCCACUUCUAAACCUUAUUUUCUGAUCAUUAUCUUGUUGGAGUUAUUUGUUCGAGUGCCUUAUUAUUAAUUUUUUUUUUUAAUUAUUAUUAUUAUUUUUUUUUUUUUGUUUGAGAUUGAAUUCGUUUUGACAGGUAAUUGAAAACGAGUUGAUCACAAAACCAAACAGAAAAACAGGGAAACUGUCACUUUACGUCCUAUUAUAUUGGCUUAUUUUGAAAAAAGGCUUUGGGUUAACAAUGUAUUCCAAUCAAGGUGGCUGGGUGUGUCUUCUCCAGAUUUCCCCGAUUUUGUGUGUUGUGCGUGGAUGUGGUUAUGGGUUUCAUUUCUUUUUAACUUGUUUUUUUUUUUUUAAUUGUUUCACUCUUUUGGGUCCAGGCGUAACACGUUCGACGUGUUCGUCGUCUUUGUACAAAAAGAAAACAGAAAUCACAACACAAAUUUCAAUGGGUGUCACGUGCAUACGUCUCGAGAUCAGCCAAUAAAACGGAUUACGAUGAA